UAUGAUACGGACAGUACCAUACGAUACGGUACUCCGUAAUAACGAGCUUCCCUUCUUUUGACUGACAGCAGCAAGGAGGUAGGUUUUCUCACCCAGUGAUGAGGGUGACCAACGGACGGCGCCCCCGUUCACCACCAAGAAGGGCAGGAAAGAGGCACAACGGCAGCAAAGAGGCAUUCUCAAAACUGGUCAGCCAUUGCAUGCUUGUUGAUCUUUUGUCAUUCAGAUUUCUUGCUUGUGGUCAUAAUUCACCUCAUUCUUCGAUCAACAGCAACAAUCAAAAGAAAGAGGGCUCUCCCAUUUGGUUACCCAUCAGUCAGAUAAGAUAAAGCACAACCAUGCCUCGACUGUUUCCCACCGCUCGCGGCGUUCGCAAGACCCUCUCGGGCAGCUCGCACAAGGGCAGCCGGCAUGACAAGUAUCAGAACAAUCACACCAGUGCCUCGCAUUCUACCUGCACGGGUAUCAGCUUGACCGAAGGAGAUGCGGACUGGAUUGUCCGCAAGACGGAAACCCGCGUGGCAGAGACCGUCGCCAAAUCCAACUAUAUCCAAAAGCACUGCAAGCUCUACAAGCUGCCCCGUUUCGCGCUCGAAGAUUUGGAAAUGGGAGAACUUUUGGCCAAUGGUGGCUUUUGCGAAGUCCGAGAAAUCAAGUCGUUCUUGGUGUCCAACGACCUGGACCGCAACUCGGUCGACCCCAAGCGAUAUGUCAUUAAACAUCUGGCACCCAAGUUGGUGAGCAAGCCCAAACAGCUCGCUAUCGGAGCCAAAGACCUGGUCAUGGAGGGGUUCGUCUUGUCCUCGCUGAAUCAUGAAAACAUUCUCGAGGUCAAGGGAUUUGCAUCCUCGGGGGUCUCGGGGUAUGCCGCCACGGGGCGCAUUGAUGGAUUCUUUCUCGUCUUGCCUCGUUUGGACAAGACGCUACACAGGCAACUCCACGAAUGGAAGGUGGCCGUCAGACGCCAAAAAAAGUUACUGAGAAAGGCCAGCGAUGUCAGUGGGGAUGCAAGUGCCGCCGUUCCGGCCCUCGAAGAAGCCAGUUCUUCGGAAGAGGCAGUCGAGGACUCGGCCGCCGAAGAAGUAGAUACCUUUGAUCCAGAACAGUUCCCAUUCUGCGCGGCACGGAUACAAACCGCUGUCGAGGUCUCCAGUGCCAUUGCCUACUGCCACCGAAACCGAAUCCUAUAUCGCGAUCUCAAGCCCGCCAACGUCGGCUAUUGUUUUGAAGAAGACCGCGUAAAGUUGUUUGACUUUGGCUUGGCUGUGGAGCUUCCACCCAGCAAUGAUCCUGACAAGGGCUUCAAGUUACCAGGCAACACCGGAACAGCACGAUACAUGGCACCGGAAGUAGUCCGAUCAGAACCUUAUGGUUUCAAGGCCGACGUGUACUCUUUCUGUGUGUUGCUACACGAGAUUAUGGCACUGGCCAAGCCCUUUGAAAAGUUCACGGGGCAGGAAGUGAAGGAACAGGUUGCCACUUUGGGACGUCGUCCUGCCAUUGACAAAUCGUGGCCUCUGUCGGUCCGAAAGUUGUUGCGGCGGGGAUUCUCGGAUGUGACAGAAAUCCGACCUUCCAUGGAAGACAUUCAAGACAUUUUGGAGGACUUGGUGGAUUGCUUUUAGAAAGAGACAGAAAAGGCAGUUUUGGACGUAUCAUACUUGACAACGCGUAUCGGUGGAUAGAUUCGAUUCGGGCACGACCGCGCUUCAACGAGGUCGGUUGAACCGACUGUAGUCGCUCGGCACCAGGAUACGCGGGUGCUCUGUCGUGUCGCAGAAUACAAUUCAACCUCUACACGAUGGCGGGCCCCCCUUGUUACACUUGGACUUAUGUAGAAACUUCAUAAUAUCAAAACUCUAUGGGUAAUUC